UGAGUUUGUUCCAGACAGUACAUUACACACACACAUGCUGAAGCGCACAUGCCAUUCUAGGUCUUCCUCUCUAGACCAGUUCUCCUCUGCAUCUGCUCUCUUUUUCUCCUACCUCACCAUGGAAGCACAUCAGUGAAGUGGAUUGUUUGUCUUGUCUUUUCCUGUUCUCUCAUCUGCACCUCAUUCUGUGUGUUUGGGUGUCUGUUCCUGCCUGGGAAUUCUCAUGUCUGCGACAGUUCUAUUAGGGGCAACACUAGGUACUGUGUCUGGAGUGCUGACACUUUGUGGUCUCUCCCUGCUUUGCAAGAGCUGUAAGAAGGGGAAACUUGAGAGAGGGGAUGACACUGACCCAGAGAAAGCCAAACCAAGCAUCCUUCACACUCUCACGCUGUUCAGUGUGCAAAAGUUGACGGAACCGAUCCAGCCUCAAGCAUCUUUGAAGUUCCCAAAAAUAUACUGGCCCAAACCUUCCGUCCCUUCUCAAGAGGUAAUAAACUACAAAGAUCAUGGAGCUGCCGGCGACACAUCUGCUGCCGAGCUCGACACCUGUAACCAGGCAACAGGAUGUGAUGAGGUCUUCUCCCUCCCGCGGCAAGCCUCUGCAGAUGAGACACCCUGCGUUUCAGAGCAAACUGGUGUUAUGACGACAAGCAACUCCAUCCUGUAUCCCAAAUUGCACUUCUCCAUCAGCCUGCACAAAGAGAAUGCAGAGCUGCACAUCAACAUGAUUGAGGCGGAGAACAUUUCAGUGGAUUCAGGAUGUGAAGGCUAUAUAUCAGGGUGUGUGCGUAUCUCUGAAGAGCAGAAGCAUGCCCAGACAGCAGUCCACAAGUUGGCCGGACGGGUACAGUGGGGUGAGGAGCUAGUGUUUAUUCUGCCCUUGGAUGGCACACAGGAAGCUGGUGGUCUAGAUGGAGAGGUGGCCCUCUCCCUUCAUUGCUGUGAUCGAUUUUCACAUAAUUCUACUCUGGGCACAAUGCGUUUUAAACUGGCUGAUGUGAGCAUGAUGUUGGACGCUGACUGCUGGGUUGACUUACAGCCACCCAAACAGGUGACAUCAUCAGCAGGAGAGUUAUUGUUGUCGCUCAGUUAUUUACCAGCGGCCAAUAGACUUGGAGUGGUUGUAAUGAAGGCUAGAGGACUUCUGUCAGACAAACUUAAAGACAACAUAGAUCUGUCAGUAAAGCUGACUCUGAAACAUCAAAAUACCAAGCUGAAGAAGAAGCAGACGCGGCGGGUGAAGCACAAGAUUAAUCCGGUCUGGAACGAGAUGAUGAUGCUAGAACUGCCUAGCGAGCUACUGUCUAAAUCCAGCAUUGAGUUGGAGGUACUGAACCUGGCCAGCCCAGACACCCUGCUCCCUCUGGGCCGCUGCACGCUGGGUAUCCACACCUCCGGUACAGGCCUGCAGCACUGGAAACAGAUGCUAGAUAAUCCACGCAAGCAAAUUGCUAUGUGGCAUCCGCUGUAUGCCUAAUUUCGAUUAUUAAAAACCACCACAUUCAGGCACUACCUAAAUACUCAGUAAUUUAAUAACUAAGUUCUCUGCAGAGGUAAGGGAAAAGAUAAAAGAAGACAGUCCCUACAGUACUAAUAUUAUUAAACGGUUGUGUAGAGUGUUUCAUGUAAGCAGUGCUGCAUUUACCUUUGGUGUUGUUGUCAGUGUGUUUUAAAUAGUCAGUGCUACUAUAAAUCGGUGUGAUGUGGAGUCUAAUCUCCCAAUACAACUGCUAUACACAAAAUAGAUUGAAAAGCGACCUUCAACGCGAGGAAACAUAUGAAUCCGAUCAAGGAAAGGUCAGACCAAUGCAUCUCACCAGGUUUGACAUGAUAACUUUCUCCUAAUUUAUCACAUAAUAGGACAUCAUUAACAUUAACACAACCAUGGCCACCAAUUGUAGAAUAUAGCUAUUAACCCUAUACUCAUAUACUCAUAUAUACACUAUAUACUAAGAAUACAUCACUUCAUUAGUCUAAUCUACAGGGUCUCAUAAGGGCAGCUUUAUUUGUCUAAAGGUGCAUGGUUCUUAUAGAAUAAAAAAUCUAAUAUUUGAUUGUGUGGCUUAUUCUUCUAAUUGUCUCGUAAAUGUAUGACUGAAUCAUAUUUCUGCAAGCUAUAGUGGUGAUAUUAACAGUUCCACUGUGAAAACAGUCAAGUUUCUUUGCAGGAUGUAGGUACUCAGAUUGCAAAUCUUCUUAGGGGUAUAAAUGAAUAAAAAAUGGCUUUUUUCGAAUGUAAGUGACAAUGAUCAUACACAGAUACUCACCACAGCUGCUAUUUCAUCCAAGUGCCAAAACCAAACUGUACAUAUAGGCUUCAUAUUUUGUGCUUUUUGGAAAUGCAUGGACUGACACAUGCAUAAACAGUAAUAUGCUAGAACCAAAUAGCAGCUCUAAGGAAGUUUUUAGCUAAGUCACUAUGAGUGUUUACUACAGUAUUUAUUAUAUGUGUUUACUGUUAUUUGUUUUGUGUGAUCUGGUAACACUAUAAUCUUCAAUAGAAACCGGUCAUAAUUUUUUUGAAUGAUAUCAUCAAACGAAGGGUCACAAGCAAGCAGGGUUUUAAAUUCUGUGCAAUGUUUUAAUUGCUGAUCAUUUUCGUUGUUAGUAGAGAAAUAUCAGUUAUCUGUACAAUAUUUUGAUAGCAAAUUCACGCUUUUAAGAUAUUUUUUUAAUUGUUUCCUUGGGUAGCAAUAAGCUUAAGCAGUGCAAAUUCCCAAUGCUGCAUGACACUUCUUCUUGAUUUAUAUGGCAUUAUUUAUAGCAAAUGACAUGUUAAAACUCUCAUGAUCAAAUUUAGAAUAUUUUUGUAUUUGCUCAUUUGCAGGCAUGGCAUAUGUAAUAGGUUAUCACUGUAACCUGUUCCAUCCAUAUAACUUUGAACACACUAGCAAUUUCAUACUGAAAUCAGUUCCUAUUCCUUUUUAAGCCAGUGUCGCUGCUUUUUGUGAAACAAAUAGUUUUGGUGUGAAAUAAAUAUAAAUUUCUCUAAAUGUG